AUGCCUGUCGGCGCCGUAUCAUUACCCUGUAAGAUUUUCUGUAUUGAAGAACAGUACCUAGCUUCGAAGCGUAGGGUACUCAACCCUUUCCGACACCCCUCCCGACAAUCCAAAAUACGUCUUGACGAACGAAUGGCCGAUCCGCAACAACAAAGGUUCCCCAGGAUGCGAAGACAGCUGAGCAACAUGUAG